GUCUUCCAUGUGUUGCGUAAAAACAAUGUAAACUUUUUCCAUAAAACUGUUCUUUUUUCACAAAUUCCGAUUCAUUCUUUCAACAGAGAGAACAAUGUAAAGAGUUAACGAAACAAAAUACCAAUUUUUUAUAUAUUUAUAAAGUAUGGAAAAAACGUUAGUUUUAUUAUUAAUGCUAGCAUGCAGUUCACAUCAAAGACCACAAAUUGAUGUUAAAGUGUCUACAACGACAGAGCAAACUGAUAAUAAUGAAGAUGUAGAAAAUAAUGCAAAUUUACAUGUACCUGAAACAACAGCAGUUUCUGUUGAGAGUUCUGUUAAUGUAUCAUCUAUUCGCCCAAGUGAAGUUUUUGAAAACUUUCUACCAAGUAAUUAUUACAAACCGAAUGAAAAUCCUAUUUUUGAAAAACCAAGUCCUCAUAUCAAAGGAGAAGUAUUCUAUAGGCCCAGUUAUUUUAAUAGACCCCCUAAUAGAUUUACUUAUCAACUAACAAGAAACAAAGAAAAUGGUAUAAUAUCUCCACAAGCCACACAAGAAUACUACUCUGAAAGUAAUUAUAAUAAAUCUCUACAAUUGGAAUCUAAAAGUCCAGCAAAAUAUGGAGAAAUUUUACCGCAGUUCAAGCCUAUGAAACACGAUUUUGGCGAAUACGUGCCCAAUUAUACCCCUAAGUUAAACGUAGGUAAUUACCACAACGAUGAAAUGUUGCAUUAUCCAGAUGAAACAUACGAAUCACCAAUACACAAUUAUCAUUCUCAAAUAAAAAGAAAGAUAAAUCCUUGGUCGAGUGUUGUAACAGUUUUAGCUUCUCUUUUACCAAUAGGAUUGCUGUUCGCAUCCUUACCACCAACCAUUAUACGAGUAAAUUCUACACAAAAUUCGUAUCAGCUACCUAAAAAUAGUUCUAUCAAUUAUCAAAACAAUUAUACAGGAAAGUAUAAAUCAUUAGAUAAAAAAAUAGCCAGCAGAAAAUCAAAUGAAGUAGAAGUUAAGUUUUUAAAAGAAUUAGAUGAAUGUUCAAAAAGAAAACUGUGUGAAAAUAUGAAAAAAAAUUACUCAUCAAGUGAACUUGAAAAUAUGUUACAAUAUAACAUUCAUAAUAAUUCAACCGAACAAUACACUGAUAUCAUUAAAACUUUAAUAAAAUCGGCAACGUCUGGAUUAGAAAACUCAUGUCAAGUAUUUAAUUGUCAAAAGUGAAUAGCGAAAUUGAAUUCUUUUAUUAUAUGCUCCAAAUUAUGUUUGUUUAAAUAUAAUUAAUGUACAUUUAAUGUUUCACAUGUAUUGUAAACUGCUAUGAUCAUGGUAACCAUAUACUUUAAAAAUAUAUAAUACCAGGGAAUGGUAUGUAUGUGUGGAAUGCA